UUCCUAAUGCACUGUAUAUUACUGUAUAUUACUGAUAAUCCAGUAAAGACAGUUAAACAUGGACAUGAAUGACAAGUUAUAUUCAUUAAUAAUACUGUYUCCAUUGUAAUGUSUCUCGUCUGUCUGUGUGUCAGACCUGAUGACCCUGGGUGGGUUGGACCUGUGUAUGUCGCAGUGCUUGAAUCAUCCUCAGGGCAGCGUGAGGUGGCGUGGUGCCCAGCUCAUCGCCUCCUGUGCCCAGAACAUGCCCGAAGUGCAGUGCCACUUACUCAGCAAGGGGGCGCUAUCCAAACUGCUGCAGCUGACCGACUCAGAUCCCCACCCCACCGUUCGAGUGAAGGCCCUCUACGCUGUCUCCUGUCUGGUGCGUGAGCAGGAAGUAGGUCUCAGGGCCUUCCUGUCUCACGAUGGCUUCUCUGUGCUGAUGAGAGGCAUGCAGUCUGACAACGAGAAACUGAGGACCAAGUCGUCUUUCUUACUCCUCAACCUGCUCACAGUCCACCCAGAGCAUAAAGAUACAGUUCUCUCCAUGGGUAUGGUGCAACAGCUGGUGUCCUUCUACGCACGCUCACUCCUCCUUCCAGAGCAUGUGCCUCGGCGCCUCUGCUGCCUGGUGGAGGAGAGUCCUCUGGGUCUGAGGGACUCAGAGCCCCACUUGGGGCUGGAGGAGAUGCUCAACCAGCGGGCUGAGGAUCUGCAGGGGAGAGAGGAAGUGUCAGGUUUGGAAGAGUUGGAGUUCUGCAAGCGUGCGUCUGCUUGUUUCUGCGGAGAAACCUGCGACAGUGGAAUGGAUCGCUGAAAAUCCAACUGUCCUCCACUUCUCCUGCAGUGCCGUCAUUGGCUAGGAGGACA